GUUUUGGCCUUUGGACUGAAAACCUUUUGCUAAUUUGAGCACCAGGAUGUGCAGCUGAGUCCUGCUGGUCUCUGGCAUGUGUCACGUUUGUGGCCAGAUUUGGAGUAGGGUGUUUGCUUUACAAGAGCCAGCGAAUGUUUGUUUUGUGCUAAAACUUCUAGUCCCCGGAGCAAGUGAACACUGCAGGGCAAUGCUUGGUUGAAAACUGGGGAAGAGAAACAACUGACUCUAGUCUGAGUGGGCUGCCAAGUCCCCAGAGCUGCUGCUCUCCCCUCUAUUGAUUCCGUGGCUGUGGUACCCUGGAUGCAGACCUUGCAGGCGUGAGGAGAUUGGGAUGGGAGCUGUAAACAGAGGGUGAAGUUUGGGUGCCAGCUGGAGCAGAGGAAGGACAUGGCAGUGGCACUGCAGUACGUGGGGCUCUGUGAGAUCCCAGGGUGCGUUCCAGUGCCUGCUGGGAUGUGGGCAUGGAGCUGCUGUGCUUGCAGCUUGUAGCUCAGACAGGACGCAUGCAGCAGAACACCGAGCUUUUGGGAUGCUGGAGUGGUGCUGGAGGGUAGAAGGCAUUCCCUAGCAGCUCUGGCAGGAGAGCUGUAACAAAGCUGGCCAGGAGCUUUCAGAAACUCCAAUGUUUUGGCAGAAAACAGCUUAACUCAGAACCUAUGAGAGCCUGAAACCUCCCCACUAGUUGCUCCAGUUCCGUGGGAGCAGACUGGUCUGCUGGUGAGCUAGGAAAUUCCAGACAGCUCUGCCUUUCUAUGCCACGAGGUGCUGGGACACCUUUACUGCACAGCCACAAUGCGGGGCACAGAUGCUGAGGGGAAAAGGAUGUUUGUGCAGGGGGAACGUGCCAGGUGUUCUGAGGCUGCAGCCACCAGCAGGGACCUCAGAGAGGGACUGAGGACGGCAGUCCUGAUGGGGCAGAAGGCACUGGUCCCCCGCAGGCAGAUGAAGGGUGAGGAGACGGCGCUGGAGCUGCCCCAUGGCUGCCCCGGCCGUGCGGGGCCCGACUCCAAGGAACACGGGUCUGGAAGAGGCUGUGCUGAGCUGCGCCAGGGCUGUGCGCUCCUGCCAGGCCUGGCGGCCACGCUGAUUGUUUCCAUGUUUGCUGCGCUGCCAAACAGCGUCAGGGAGGAGGAGGGAGAGGAGGAAAAAAGGGGGAGAGCCUGGAGCGGGGCUUCGUGGUGGGACAGGGCUCAGUGGGAGCUGGGGACUGCGAGCCCUGAGGUGGGGCGGCACUGUCCCCAUCCAUGGGGGUCCAAGCACGCUCCAGGGCGCAAACCCAGGCCAAACCCCGCAGCGUCCCCUGAGGAGAAGGACAAAUCCUCCCGUUAGCCUCUAAGUGACCCCGAAACGGCACGACGCUGGGUCUGUAUCUGCAAGGACCUCAGCCAGCAAGGCCUUCGGGCGCCCCGCCGUCAUUUUGGUUGAGGGCGCAGCCGCCACCUUGGUUGUGGGCGUCUCCGCCAUCUUGCUUCCGGGCAACGUCGCCAUCUUGGUUGCGGAAGGUGGGGCGGGGCCGUGAGGCGUUGCGGGGCCGGGCCGGGGGAUAAUCCGUCCUUCUUCCCUGCGCGCCGUUCUGGUGGUCGCUGGGGUUGCCUGUGGCUGUGGCGGGGCCCUUUAGGAAGGGCAGGGGUUGGGGAUGCAGCCGGGGUCGCUAGGCUGAGCGUGUGCCCGCAGGUAGGAGUGGAGAUGGAGGUCCCGGAGCUGUUUGCCACAGCCGUGCCCGAGGAGCAGCUGGAGAGCGGCUGGGACCGGGCCCAGGCCCUGCGGAGGCUGUUCGGGCCCAGCCAGUGCCUGCGCAGCGUGGAGAGCCCCAGUGGUGUGGGAUCCCUUCCCGCCAUUGUGCAGGGCAGGAUGCAGGAGCACUGGCAGAAAGGACGGGAUUUCUCCUCUUGUGGCCAGUGGGAGGAAGCCAUCAUUUGCUAUACAAAAGCCAUCAACCUGGAUCCACAGCGGGCAGAGCUGUAUGAGCAGCGGGCAGAGGCUUUCCUCCAGCUUUGUGACUUCCAGUCAGCCAAGCUGAACUUAAUGAAGGCGCUUGCAUUGGCACCUGCACAGGAGCAGCACUGCCUGGCUCGUCUGGCUCUUGUCCUUGACCUGCAGGGCCAGAGUCUGCUGAACCAGGAGCUCUACAGUGAGGCCCUGGAGGCCUUCACACAGGCGGCUGAGCUGCAGCCUCACUGCAGGGUGUUCUACCAGAGGAGCAUCUUGUGCCUUGCUGCCCUUGGUGAGUUCCCAGAGUUCCUCCGGAUGCUUAACAGAGAACUGGAGGAGGAUGUGAGGAACCCUGAUAUAUAUGUGCUCCGGGCCUUCUUCUACAAGCGGUUUGGGCAGCUGGCCCUGUGCCACCAGGACAUCCAACGGGCCCUGAAGCUGGAGCCACAGCACAGAGCUGCCCAGGCUUUGUGGCAGAGGCUGCUGAGACAAGGCCAGGAGGCCAAAGCCCAGGCAGUGUUGAAGGCCCUGUGUGGAGACCUGCGUGGGGCCCUGUAUGAGAUCAGCUUUGCUACUGAGAGUGACCCGUUGGCUGCUGAAUUCUUCACCCUCAGGGGGACCCUCCUCCGACAGCUCAAGAACUUCAGUGCAGCCAGCAAGGACUUGGUCAGGGCGAGGGAGCUGAGCACAGCGGGGAGCCCAGAGGCCCGGGAGGCUCAGCGGCAGCUGGUGCUCACCUACAAUGAUUGUGCUGUGCACUGCUAUGCUCUGGGCCAACUUGAUGAGGCUGUAAAGCUCCUUGGUGAAGCACUGCAAAAUGAAAGAACAGAGCAGGGACUCUACGCCAACAGAGGAGACUGCUUCUUUCGCCUGGGGGAGCUGACCUAUGCCCUGGCGGAUUACCAGCAGGCGCUGGAGCUGAGACCAGGGAACCGUGCUGUGCAGGGACGUGUUGCAGCCGUGUUACAUGAGAAGGGCUGGCAGGACUUGGCAGCCAGGCGGUUCCUGCAGGCAGAAGCUUGCUUUUCUAUGGCCAUUGAACACAGCCCCCGAGAAGCACUGUACUACCUGUGCCGUGCCAUGGCCAAGCGAUGCCUAGGGAAGGUGGAGAGCUCGAGGGAGGAUGUUGCACGCAGUCUGUGGUUCAGCCCCACGGAUAGCAAGAUCCUUUCCCUUGCAUACCGCCUCUUUCCAAGAAAGACUGUCCAGGCUAUCCUGAGGAGCUUUGCCCAGCAAACCUUAGAUAAAACACUUAAGAGUCCUCCAAGACUUCCAUCUGAUGACACCCAAUGGACAGAAACAGUAGGUCCCCACAUAAGUAGCACUCCUGUGAAGCUGAGCAGAGCUGGUUCAGCCAGUGCCUGCAAGGUCUGACCAGCAGAAGGACAUCAAAGAAGUUCAAGAGCUCAUAGCACCAAUUCCUCAGCCUGCUGCAGAAAUUACCACUGAAUAAAAGUAUUUUUAAAAACUA